CAAUCAAUCAGAGAAGGCCUAAAUCAGAGCUCUUCUCCCUUCGGAAUCCCUUAAUUUCUCCACUCUCAUCCUCAUCAUCUUCGCUAAGCAAUUCUUUCCAAACUUCUUGGGCUUUAUUUGAAUUUGUAUAAUUGCUUCUUGCCAUUCUGGAUGAGUAAUCGCCACGCUUUUGCACUGUUUCGUUUGGAAUUUUUAUGGGUGGAAUUCUGUGUUUCUGCCAAUUUAAUUACACGGAAGCUUUUUGGAGUACAAAUGGAGUCACUGGAUGAAUCCCUAAGUAAAUUGUCAGCAAUGCGGCGAGUGAUGGUUAUGAAAAGAUAUUUACAAAAGGAUAAAGUUCCUUCAAAAAUUGAGGAGUGUCUCUUUUUGGGAUCUCUUGAAGCUGCAAGAAACAAGAGUGAGCUGAAAGAGUUAAAAAUUACUCAUAUUUUAACUGUGGCUCAUUGUUUGGUGCCAAUAUAUCCAGAUGAGUUUGUUUACAAGAUCAUAAGUGUUGCUGAUAAAGAAGAUACAGAUAUUAAGCAGUUCUUUGAUGAGUGUUUCAAUUUUAUUGACGAAGCAAAAAGAACAGGUGGUAGUGUGUUGGUUCAUUGCGUGGUAGGAAAAUCCAGAAGCGCAACUAUUGUCGUUGCAUAUCUAAUGAGACAACAUGGAAUGAGCCUUUCUGAAGCCCUGAAGCUUGUGAGGAGUAAAAGGCCAAUAGUUGCUCCGAAUUCUGGUUUUCUUUCACAACUUAAGGAAUUCGAAAAAUCUCCUAUUUGUAAGCAUUUCUUUCCUUCUAACUUUGGUUUCAGCUCAUAUAAACCAAUGUGAUAUCAUGCAAAUGGUGUUGUUCUUUUGGAAAUUGAAACAGGUUUAGUUCUUAAUCAGGAUGUAGAUUGUGAUAUGAUAUACAUCUUAAAGAAUAUAAAAUGAACCUUUGGCUGCCAAUUUAUGUUCAGUUCUAUACCAGUCCACUGCAUGAUCUAUAUUUCUUGAUGGUUGGGUCACCCUAGUAAUUUAUAAAUAUUCUUUGGAAUUACAAUAAUGAGUGGUAUAGAUAUUGAAGGAAAGGAGUAUAUCCAAGAAAUUAAUGUAUAGUAUUAGGGUUAGUACUAGUGCCUAGUGGUUACAGUUUGUAUCCCACAGUGGACCAUAUUUAAAAAAAGUUGAAAGAUAUAGGGCUUUAUGCAAAAUAACACACUUUGAGUCUAUUAAUAUGCUAUAGAUUACCUCUACAAUUAGAGCCUAUCCAAGUGCUAUUUGUUGAGAAAAAUGAUAAAACUUCAAGCGCAGUGUAACACCCUACAAGCUAAGACACAUUAUGAUGUUUUCUUAAGUACUGUGCUAGCCAUUGUUAAUCAAAGAGGUUUUGAUUUGUGCUAACAACCAUCUUACCAUAAAGUCUGGUAUGUGUAUUUGUAACUCUAAAAAAAUUUUAAGUAAAAAAAAUAAAGAUAAUGAAAAUUGGCAUAAAAAUAACAUUUUACAAGAAUAAAUUAGUAACUUUUAAAAAUUUUGACCAUGAAAGUAUUAAUAUUACAAAAUACAAAUUACAAUGCUUGAAUAGGUUUACCACUUCCAACUAAAAUCAGAUAAUGUCUUCAAUGUCUAAAAAUAUAAAAAUUCGAAAAAAAUUGGGAAAGAGAACACCUAGAGAACGAGCAACCAUGAAAAUAACGGCGAUAUUGAUCCUCAAAAACAUAAAAACUAAAAAAAAAAAACAAAAAUCAUAAUAAAUAACAAAAUAAAAUGACAAAAAAGAAAAGAAAAAAAAAACCUAUAUAGGGUUGGUAAACCAAGGCCACG